CGUACAUCGAAUGUCGUCUGUUUGACGGCAAGUUGUGUCGCUUCUGCAAUAAUGCCCGUUCGUGCGGAUAUAAUUCCUCCACCUCCAGCAAAUUCACGUCAGCCCGGAGUUACUCGUUCUCUACUUUAUAACGGUUCGAAAUUCCAGGGUCAUCAGAAAAGUAAAGGCAACUGUUACGACGUAGAAGUUGUCUUACAGCAUGUUGAUGAAGAAAAUUCAUAUUUAUGUGGUUAUUUGAAAAUCAAAGGCUUGACUGAAGAAUAUCCAACUCUAACGACUUUUUUUGAUGGAGAAAUAAUAAGCAAAAAGUAUCCAUUUCUAACAAGAAAAUGGGAUGCAGAUGAAGAAGUUGACAGAAAGCACUGGAGUAAAUUCUUAUCGUUUUAUCAAUAUGCAAAGACUUUUAAUUCAGAUAUUUUUGAUUACGAUGAACUGAAAAAUACAGAUUAUGUUUUUAUGAGGUGGAAGGAACAUUUUCUAGUCCCAGAUCAUACAAUCAAAGAUAUUAAUGGUGCCUCGUUUGCCGGUUUUUAUUAUAUUUGUUUUCAAAAAUCAACAGCCACAAUAGAAGGUUAUUAUUAUCAUAGGAGUUCAGAAUGGUAUCAGUCUCUCACUCUAACUCAUGUACCUGAACACAGCAUACAGAUAUACGAAUUUCGAUAAUUUGCCUUCGAGCUGUGUGUAUCCAGUUUUUCAAACGAUUGUCUGGUCAAUGCAUUGAAAGUAGUACAUUGUCUUGUUGAGUUGUAAUUUUUAAGUGAUUCUAUCACAGUUAUUAACUUAAUUAGAACUAUUCAAAAUAGCACAUUUGUUAUGAUUUAUGUAAAAUUUUUCUUUAAUAGUUGGUUAUUUAAAUCCAAUGUUUAUUGUGCUAUAUUAAGACUAAGUCAUUAUAACAGCGGAUGAUAUACAAUUCACGAUUAUAUUAUUUAUAUAAAGAAAAUGGUUUAUUUAUUUGUUCUGUUAUGAAGAGACCAUACCAACUGGAUAUCUUUUGGGUAACAUUUGGUCUUGUCAUUUUGUUUUUUUUUUUUUUUUAAUUUCUUUUUAACCGUUUUUCGGUGCUCAAAAAUUGCAAUAUUAUGUUUUUUGUUUUUGUUUUCUGUUGUUUUUUAUUCAUUAACAUGGUUUUUUAGAACAGAAUCUCUUAUGUUAUAUCUUUGCACUCACCUAUUCUUGAAUAGCCAUAGAUCCUUUUAGUAAAAAUCUGUUCUAAAAACCACUAACAAUAUUUAAUGUUUGUGAUAACAAUGUUAUAGCCAAACUAUUUAUUCUUACACAUUUAGAAAUACUCUAUGUCAAAAGUCUUUUUUGUGUACAAAAUAAUUUGUAAAGUAAUAUUUGUUGUGCUACUUCAAUGAAAUAUACAAAAGAAAAUAAAGAUAU